AUGUCAAUAACAUUUAAGGUUUCAGAUGUAGAAUUUAAUGAAUUUAAAGGAAAGGAUUUUGAUCAUAAACAAUUAUAUUUAGAUCCAUCAAUGAGUUUUAUUAAAACUCAACCAAAAGAGAGAAAAAUAGUAAGAACAAGUAUUAAAGAAGGAAUUUCAAAAAGUGUUGGAGGAAAUUCUUUUAUUUUAUCAUCCCUUCAAGCAUAUAAUAAUCAUCAUGGUUUAACAAUUAAACCUGAUGAUGUUUGGAUUGCAAUUUUAGUACAAUUUUCAUUAUAUUUGAAUGAAAACUCUGAAAAGUUAAGAAACAAGAUAGUUGAUUUCGAAGGAAAGAAACAAUUAGAAGUAGUUGGUGGUGGUACAUUAAUGACAGCAAACUAUGAACAACUUACAAAUUUAAUGACAAAACAAAUUGAAAAGAAUAUUAAAGAUCCAUCAAUUAGAGAAUGGGCUAAUAAACCAUUCACAACAUCAACUCCAAAUGAUACAAUGGCAGCUUCAAUUGCAUUGAUGGCAUCAGUUAAAAAUUUCUUUGAAUAUAAAAUGUCACUAAGAUGUUCUUUACCAGAGGUUACAGUUUUAGGUACAAUUAAUGAUUGGAUCGAUAUUAAAAAUAGAAUUGAAAAAUUAAAAGAAUUUGAUUUCGAUGGUAAUCCAGAUGGAAAUUGUAUGAACUCUUGGACUGAAUUACUUCAUCCAAUCAUUGAUAAUAUAAUUGAUUCUGUUAAUGGUAACCCUGAUACAUGCUGGUGGAAUUGUAUUGUUCAUGUAGUAGGUGGUGGUUCUGGUCCAAGAUAUUUAUCAGGUUGGAUCACUGCAUUUUGUGUAUUCAAUAACAAUGGUAAAUGGGUAGGCAAUAAUAAAGAAAAAUACGAUAGAGGUAUUUGUGGAAAUUUAACAACAGAAUGGAUAUUUGUUGAUACUAAUGAAGUUCCAAAAGGUUUCCUCUCUGUUCCAGUCUUAAUCGAUGAUAAUGGUACAGAAUAUGAUACAGAAUUCUUUUCUGGUCAUAUGUCUAUUUCAACUUCAAAUGAUUCAAAAACAAUUCAUCCAAAUAUUGAUUGGUGUAUAUUACUUAAAUAA